CGCGAGAGGGCUGAAUUCGCAGCUCGCGCCACUUCCUUCGCUGGCUAAGCUGGCAUUCCCGCGGCGCACCUCGAGCCAAGCACGUCUACGUCGUCGUCGUACGCGCGUAUUUUUCUCGACUCCGCGUCCCGCGAUAUCCCGCACUGCGCUUUAGCACUGCAGUUCGCUCGCAACGUUUCGCACGUGUUUUUCCCGCGUGUUACUACCCCGCCACGCUCUCGAACUCGAAUUUCGAACUUGAUCCCGACCGUUGGACUCUCUCUCUCUCUCUCUCGCUUCGAUGCUGUGAACUGUGAACUGUGUGACAAGUGCAAGUGUUGUUGUUGUUGUUGUUUUGUCCAUUGGUCGACUCUGUCAAACUCUGACCAGUACCAAUUUACUCGAGUGUUUAUUAUAGUGCUUCGUGAUUACAUAUUCGCUCUGUAUUAUUGCAGUUUACAAGUGUUUUCGAAACAAUACCGAGUCGGAAUAAUCAACGAGUAAUUCCCGCUGAAAUUGUGGAUUCAACUGUCAUGUGGAUGCUGUCGAUCCUUGAAAGUACCGCUCGUAUUUCUCGGAGUUUUUAACUACUGAAAAUCCAGAAAUGAGUCAUCGGUAAACAAAAGUUUAAAGAGAUCAGUAAAUUGAUUCAACGCUGCAUCAGGAUGCGUUACCUUCUAUUACUGAUAUUCCUGACGGGAAUACUUGCGAACGAUAACAGCACUCUCGAUGGCAGUUUAGAAGUCACCGAUUCAGUCAAUUACGAAGCGGAUCAAUUAAAUCAGGGUACUGCUUUUGGAGAAUGGUCGCCUUGCUCACGAACAUGCGGAGGGGGAAUAUCGAGACAACAAAAGCGAUGUCGUCGUAAACCUUGCAAAGGCAGAACUUGGAAUUACAAGUAUAAAAUUUGCAACUUACAGCCGUGUAGCACGCCAACGGACCCAAGAGCCGAGCAGUGCGCAACUUAUGACAACAGGCCCUACAGCGAGCAAUUAUUCAAAUGGUAUCCUUAUUACGAUCCCUCAAGGCCUUGCGCAUUAAUCUGUCGUGGGGAACGUCAGAAUAAUAUUUCUCCUCUUUCGUCAGCGAGUAAGGCUGACGAAAGAGUUCUGGUGAACGGUGAACUUGGCAGCGCUGAAGAGUAUACCGAGUCCACCGAAUCGAUCGUGGCCCAACUGGCUGACAAAGUUCAAGAUGGUACCAAGUGCUAUCCUGGCAGCCAUGAUGUUUGCAUCAACGGCGAGUGCCAGCGAGUUGGCUGUGAUCUCAAAGUUGGAAGCAAUAAAAAUAAGGACGCUUGCGGAAUUUGCGGUGGCGACGGUUCGACUUGCGACAGUAAAUAUGCUUGGACUUUAGAAUCGACAUCAGCGUGUUCUGAAUCAUGCGGAGGAGGUUUCAAAAUUGUAACGCCCAUGUGCAAAUCAACUGGACCAGACAGCAAAAUCGUCGAUAAUUCAAUGUGUGAAACCGAAUCAAAGCCCGACAAGCUUCUGUUGCCGUGCAAUACUCUUCCGUGUUCAACAAAGUGGCUGACAGGCGAGUGGAGCAAGUGCAGCGUAUCCUGCGGUGGUGGUUCUCGAAGUCGCCCAGUUUUCUGUACCGAAGAAAAUGGCAACGCCACGAGCAAGAUCCCGGAAUAUAAAUGCAACGUAAACCACAAGCCAAAAUUCCAGGAAAUCUGCAAUGCUUUUUCCUGUCCUAUGUGGGAAGCCGGUGAAUGGAGUGAGUGCUCAACGAGUUGCGGCAAAGGUGUAAAAACUCGUAGUGUCGAAUGCCGUGAUGGCAAGGGUCGUUUAUCCAACGAAUGCGACAGAUCUCAGCAACCACGUGCUGAAAUAGAAUGUAAAGGAACUAGUUCCGAUUGCUCCAGUCUGGAUGACCCUCACGCUCAGCCGUUGACGCAACAGUAUCCCUCUGUACCGAUUCCAGAAAAGCUCAUCGAUCAGCCUGUACCUUCCCAAUCGACUUUCAUAGCGGAUGAAUGGUCACCGUGCAGUGUUCGUUGCGGAGAAGGAGUUCGUCAUCGAGAGGUGCAUUGCAAGAUUUUCCUCGAAUUUAGCCGCACAAUAGCUGAUCUUCCAGAUCAUCAGUGCUCUGGGCCGAAACCCAUCGAGACAGAAAAAUGCAAUAUGGGACCGUGUACGACCGAGGACAAUAGUUUGACGUACCGAGUCGACCCAGCCAGUGACAGCAAAUACGCAGAGUCAAGUCUCACUGAUACCGAGUUUAGAUCAGCGUCAUCAGCUCUAGCGUCUAGUAGUAACAGUGGUGCCUCUUCCUCGUCAUCGUCCGGCCGCUCGUCUGCUUCUAGUUCCUACGAUGGUAACGUCAAAGUAGCACCAGGCAGCAGUAUCAAAACUACGUACUCGUGGAAAGAGGUUGGCUAUACCGACUGCAGUGCCACUUGUUUGGGUGGUGUGCAAGAUUUGAUUAUAACUUGUGUCAGAGACGAUACAGGUAAAACAGUUAUGCCUUUACUGUGCUCCGCUGAUACUAAACCAGAGUCAAGGAUAAGAGUUUGUAACGACCACCCAUGUCCCCCGAGAUGGAACACAAGCGAGUUUUCACCUUGCAUGAGUCCCUGCGGUCUUGGCAUUCAGACCCGUGAAGUUAAUUGCAUCCAUGAGGUAACGCGUGGCACUGGAAAUACGGUAGUCGUACCGAAUCAUAUGUGCCCGCAGCCACCUCCGGUUGAUCGACAAUACUGCAAUGUAUGGGAUUGUCCAGUACAGUGGAGCGUAGGCGAAUGGGGCAAGUGCUCAAAAACUUGCGGUGGUGGAGUGAAAAAGCGCAAAGUGAUAUGCGAGCAAGUAAUGGCGCAGGGACGAAAACAAACACGUGCAGAGCGUGAUUGCCCAACGCCCAGGCCACGCACAGAAAAGGAAUGCAAUUCUCGCCCUUGCGAUCAAGCGAAUCCUGCGGUCAAGCCUAUUAUUACCUCCAAGAAUGUCACUUUCGUUCAAGAGGAUCCAGAUAGAAAAGUUAAUUUGGAUAUCGGUGGACAGGCGACUAUUUUUCAAGGCACGCCAGUUAUCAAGAUUCGUUGUCCCGUUAAAAAAUUUGACAAGGCACAUAUUGUUUGGCGCAAAGAUCAUGAAGAAUUACGAAAAUCGCGCAAGUACAAAAUCAACAAAAAAGGAGCUUUAAAAAUAGUUGAUAUAAACUUUUCUGACAGUGGCGUAUACUCUUGUUGGGCCGGACAAACCAACGCUGCAAUGCAUCUUGUAGUAAGAUCAAAGAAUCGCGACCUCAUGAGCAACGAAGAAGUUUUACGUUCUGGUAAUGCGGUACAUCAGCGUCAGGGAGCUCAUCUCAGCUCUGCUCCAGUUAACUCAGAACCUUUUUAUGGCAUUUACAAUGAAGAAAGUCAAGAGGCUCAGUUGGAAAAUGAAAGAUCAACGGAAAAACCUCGAAAAAAAAACAAAAAACAAACAUCCAGUCCCUCUCCAAGUGGCUCAACGGGAAAAUUCGACUACUCAGUCACGCCCAUACAUCAGCCAGUAGAAUCUACAGCUACUUCAAGCGCCUCUACACUAUCCCCUCAUCUGAGUUAUAUUGUAACUACUAUAAAGAGUUACUGGCCAUUUCAAGGAUCAUCGAAUUCCCCAUCGGGACGUAGCAUUGAUGAUUCAACUCAGUGGCAAAGCUGGCAUAGUUCCGAUCAACGUGCUCCAAUGACAACGGCUAUGAGUCAGCAUCGAGCAAGUUCAGAAUAUGACUAUGCGGUUGAAUCAUCUAUUAAUUCUAAACCAACGCAAGCAGAGUACGAUUUUUUCCGUGGUAAUACUGCUAUUCCAGACAACACUUUCGGUCCUGACGAGGAGCGAAUUUUCAUCGACGAUGAUCCAUUUGAAGCCGAGGAAGUAUCCUUCGCAAUAGAACACAAGAACAAUGAACGUUCUCGUGAGUCCGAAAUCUCGAGCACCGAAACACCGAGCGUAUCUAUGAUAAGCUACGAGACAUAUCAUCCAACUCGAGCUCGUCAUCAUCACGGAACUGAUAGCACCUUAGUACAUCCUCAUCGUCAUGGAAUUUCAUCUUCACCUUCAACGUCAAGUUCGAAUACGACUCCAAUUCUCAAUUCCGAUGAUGUUCCGGAUCAAUUCAAUGUGGCAACUGAUGCACAACUAAUUUCGAGAAGCGGUUUGAAAGAACGUGGCGAUGCAAAAAUGAAUGAGUCCACCGCAACUACUCCAUUGAUUAAUAUGGAAAACGAUAAUGAGCAGACCCAUCAAUUUGGAGAUAUUUCAACGUUGCCAGCAGACGCUUUUGAUUCCUCACUUACUCCCGAUAAUGUAUUAGAUCUGGAAAAUGAUACUUUAAUAGAAAAUAAAGAAGUAAUUGUUCCCACAUUUGAAUUACUGGCAGAAAAUAUCUCUAGCACCGGUAAAGCUGGUAAAGACAUGAUGAGACAUGUUGAUACUCCUAUUUUGUUUACGGUCGCUCCAACUCAAGAAAAUAAAACUGUAACGCCAUUUGUACUUAGUAACGAAGAUAAAAACCGUGAACCGACUAUUGGUACUAUCGCCAAUUUUACCAAAGAUAAUUUAAUUUUUGAAUGGGUUACUACUGAUUGGUCAAGAUGUUCUCAAUCAUGUGGAGGAGGUGGAUUUCAAAUGCGUGGUGCUCAGUGCACUGUUCGUUCAGUCAAAAAUGAUACAAGCGAUAUGAAAAUGCCAGUGCGAACCGUUAUGGGACCGUCUCUUUGUGAAGAUGCAGGCCUUCCAGUUCCCGAGAAGGUACGAGCUUGUGGUACUGGAAAAUGUCCUCAAUGGCAUACUACCGAAUGGUCUUCGUGUGAAACUUCUCGAUGCUUUAAUUGGAAGACUGCUAUGCAAAGAAGAGAGAUAUCUUGUCGGCUCGCUGAAGAGACGAGCGAAGGUGUUGAUAUUUCGACUGUAGUUGACAUGAGUAAAUGCGACGAGUCAAUGAGACCACCCCAAAGACAAGAAUGCUACAAUGAUGCUUGUAAAGGAGUUUGGAGGGUCGGUGAAUGGUCAGAGUGUUCGGCUUCAUGCGAAGAAGAUGGAAUAAAAUAUAGAAUAUUGCAAUGCGUUUGGUACGGUACCAAGAAACCCGCUGGAAACGUGUGUAGAAAUUUACCUCGACCACCUGUCAUGAAGACAUGUCGAGGUCCACCAUGUGCAAAAUCUUCAGAUGACUGUAAAGAUCAUUCGAAACUCUGUGGACGAGUAAAAUUGAUGGGAAUGUGCCGGGUGCCUCUUUAUGCGAAGCAAUGUUGCAAUUCUUGUCAUCAAGAUAAAAAAGUAUGAAUUUAAUGGUCUUCGAUACGCCAAAAAAAAUAAUUUGAUAUACCUGACGCUAGUACACGGCAUCUUUUGAUUGAAUUGGAUAAAAAUACAGCUCUGACUAAAAAUUUUAAUGUCAACAGAAAUUUUAUUUCACUGAUUUUUUCAAUGGUAUACUAGUUAAAGCCCCAAAAUAUAAUCAAUACCUCGAAUGUAUUAAUUACCAUGUGGUAGAAAUUUGGAUUUGCAAAAAAAAUUGCGAUUUUUUUUAUAAAAUAAUUGUUAAGACUGAAAUUAAAUGCUGAAUUUCCUUGAUGCUUAUUCCAUUCAAUAAGAAUAAUCAAAUUUUUUGUAUCAUGUUAUCAAUUGAAAUGAAAAAUAUUAGUUUUUGAUUUAUCAUGUUUAUUUCAUCUUCUUAAAAUAUAUCUGUUCUAUAUGAAUUCGAAUUUUAAUCGUAAAAGUUGAAUUUGUUAACUGAAGGAAAAAGAACUACCACAAAGUGGAUUAUUCAAAAUAUACAACAUAUGCAUAUUUGUAUGUAUCAAAUUACUCGACGUAUGCCUACAAAAAUAAGUCCUGACAGGAUGAAUUUGUGAAGCCAAUAGAUUUAAGCAAUAACAAAUAUGUACAGGCAACUGUAAAAUAAUAUUUUGUUAAAAUAACAAGUAUGUCAGAAAUCCUUUGACAGAUGAUUAUCCACUACAAGGUGAAACGGAUAAAAAUUUGAUGGUAAGGGCAAUUUAAAAUAUAAUGUAGAGAUGGUUUUUUAUUGUUAACGUACUCUCGCCAUCGACAAAUUUGCCUCAAAAAUGAAUGGCAUAGCAGUAAUCGGGCCAAAUUAAAGUGAAUGAAGCUUGACUUUAUAAGAUAAAAUGAUAUAUUAAACUUUUUUUAUAUUAAUGGUGUGGACGCCGAAACAAUUAGUUUAAUUUUAAAAAUGUAUGAAAGUAUGUUGAAGUAAUUUUGUCUUCGUAAGUCUUAAUUUAAUUUUAUAACAUCAAGAAGUUAUUUCUUGCAUAAAUACAAUGAAAAAUUUUUGUUCAAUUUCAGAUUUACAUCUUCUAUUCCAAUUGAACGACUGGAAAAUUGUAUUCUUGUGCUCACACUCAAUUUUUGCAUUUUAUUUACAAUUUUUACUACGUAUUUAAUAAUUGUAACUGUGAAUUGUAGUUCUGUAAAAAGAUUUUUAUAUAUUACAUAAAUCAUCAUAUUAAAUUAAGUUACUUGUACUAUUUAAAGUAUAGAAACUAAGGUCUUUAAGUAAAAAAACUUCCUAUAAAAAAUUUGGCGAGUAAAAUUUGUAUGGAUACACUCUUGGAGUGUAACAACUUCACUUGCUCAAAGUAAAAAUUUAUUGUAAAUAUCGUUAAUGAACGAUAGCUAUCUUAUAUCAAUAUAUCUUGUAUGAAUAUUCUCAUAUUCUAUAGAAAGCAUCACUCUGGUUAGUUUUCUAAAGUAUAAAAUCGAGUAAAAACAAAGAUAAUAUUAACUUUUGCAGAAAAGUACUCGUAAAAAGAACAUGUUUAUCGGCGAUUGUUGGUUUGAAAUAUGAAAUGAAAUUUAUUUUUGCCUUAUCAUGUGAAUAAGAGGGCGAAAAGGAACUACGAUUUUUGUACAUAGCAAAAGUGGUUUCUCCUCAAACUCAAUAUUAUAAUAUAAUUAAUGAUACGAAACGAAGUUAUUUAUAAAACUUUAUUACACUUAUGUAAAUAUUGCAACUGCCUGAUUCUCAUAUGCAUGAGCACACAAAUAAAAUGUAUAUAUGUACGCGUA